AUGGCGACCUCCGGAAAAUUCGAUACACGCGCUCCGCAUUUUGAUGGUACUGAUUAUGACUAUUGGCAAUCACGUAUGAAAGCUUAUUUGAAGGGGAAGGGGAUGAAUCUGUGGAGGAUCACACAAAACUCUACAUAUGUGAUUCCUGCAGAGGACCCUACUGAUCCUGCUGCUGUUGCUCUUCUUGAAGCAAAUAAUCGGGUUGUUGACAUUUUGCAAGCUUCUCUUUGUAAACCCGAGUAUGAUCGUAUUUCCAGUGAGGAGCUAGCUUUUCAGAUCUGGGAUAAAUUAAAGAAAUAUCAUGAAGGCUCCAACGCUGUGAAAACACGAAAAUUUGAAAUUUAUAGAAAAGAAUUUGAUGCUUUUUCUCAGUUGCCUGGUGAAUCUAUUGAAGAUCUUUUUGCAAGGUUUCAAGUGAUUGUAAACAAAAUGAAAGCCCUUAAUAAGGAUAUGCCUUACAAUGAUCAUGCAAGGGCUCUCAGAUUGUUGCAUUCACUUACUGAUGAGUGGGAUAUGAAGGUAGAGGCAAUCGUUGAGUCCGCUGGCUAUGAGACUCUUACCACUGACGAGCUUUUCAGUAAGCUUAAGUCAAAAGAGAUUGAUGUCCUCUCCAAGCGCAAAUUGAAAAAUCCCACUAGCGCUUCUUCUUCUGAUGUUCCUAUGGCUUUGGUUUCUGGGAGUAAAACUAACGCUAACACUAAUCCAGUUCCUCCAAGCUUUGCCUUGUCUUCUUUGUGUCAUGUUGCAGAUGAUGAGUUGGAGACGCUAGAUGAUGAUCAGUUGGUGCUGCUCUCCAACAAAUUCAAGCGAGUCUAUGAGAACCGACGCAACAGAAGACGCUCAGAAGGAUGUUUCAGCUGUGGUGAGCGAGGCCACUUUGCAGCUGAUUGCCCGAACAAGAGAACAUUUGAUCAGGGCAACAACUCCAGGCGCCAGGAACAACCAAGGGAGAAGAAUAAGAAGGGUGACAGGCGCAUGAAGAAGAAUGGCCAGAAGUACACUGAUAAGCAAAUUAAAAGGGCUGCACAUGUUUUGUUUUCUUCUCUUGGUGAUUUUGUUUCAGAUGCUUCUUCGAACUCAAGUGAUUCAGACUCCGAGAAUGAGCUGCCCAAAAAGAAAACUGAUGGACUCUGCUUCCUCGCCGACAUCAAGGGAGGGAUGUGCACCAUGGCCUUAGAAGAUGAUGAAGCUUCUAAUCUCAGCGACAACUCUUCUGACAAUGAGGUACAAAAUUCAGCAGAAGAAGAAAUUAAAGAAUUGACAAAAAUUAUUGAUAAACAAAACAAGAUUUUAGCAAAACUUAAGGCUGAGUAUGAUAGAGUCAUCUCUGAAUUAAAAGACUUAAAAGAUGCUACUCCUGCUGAAGUAGAAUGUGAAGAGUGCUCUGUGCAUAUGGUUUCACUUUCUGAAUUGCAAUCUAAGCAUGCCUUCAUUGUUGACAAAUUCGAAAAUGCUAAGAUUGAGUUAGAAAAACUUCACUCUGGUUCGGCUUCACUUGACGCUUGUGCUUCUUGUCCAACCUUGAAAUCUGAAUUGAAUAAUGCUAAAUCUCGUGUUAUUGAGUUGGAGAAACACUCUUGUCCUGCUUUGCCUUCCUGUUUAACUUGCCCUACUUUUGUUGCUGAAAAUAAUGAUUUGAGGGUGAAGUUUUCUGCUUUGGAAGAAGAAAAUAAACAUUUGAGAGUGAUUCUUGGUUGGUGCUCUAUUCGUGAACCUCAGAUUGGUAUGUCAAUUGCUCAAAUUAAACGGAGUGAGCGUUUUGGACCUGGAUAUGAUUUGAAACAUGUUUUUGGUGAAAAGAGUGGACCUCCUAUUUCUGAAAAGAAUCCACCUUUGGCUAAGUACACUGGACCACCUCCUAGGAAAGAGGGUCCAUGUGUCACAUCUGAGGGGUUGUUAGUUGAACCAUCGAGAUCUGUUCCAAAAAAGCAGGAUGGAGGCGAGGAGAACAUAUGGAUAAUGGAUUCCGGUUGUUCGCGCCACAUGACCGGAGAUGACAAAUGGUUCUCCAGCCUCACCCCCGCGAGCGGUAAGGAAUAUAUUACAUUCGGGGAUAAUAGUAAAGAUGAUUUUGAAGUGCGUUUUAAGAAAGGCAAUUCGCGAGUUCUUGAUUCUACUGGCAACCUUGUUUGCAAGAUUUCUCCCUUUGGACGAGUUUUUAAGGUUGAUUUUUCUAAAUCUUUUGGACAGACUCGUUGUUUGGUUGCUCGUGGUUUCCCUGAUAUUUGGAAGUGGCAUCGUCGGUUGGGCCACUUGAGCUUUGAUUUGCUUUGUCGCUUGAGUUCGAUGGAUUUAAUUGAUGGUUUGCCAAAACUCAAGUUUGAAAAAGAUUUAAUUUGUGCUCCCUGCAAACAUGGAAAAAUGGUUGCUGCUUCCCAUGCACCUGUGACGCAGGUGAUGACGAGACGACCGGGUGAACUGUUACAUAUGGACAUUGUUGGUCCAGCCCGUGUUCGGUCUGCUGGUGGGAAGUGGUAUGUGCUCGUUGUUGUGGAUGAUUUUUCUCGAUACUCAUGGGUGUUCUUUCUGGAAUCUAAGGAUGACGCCUUUUCACAUGUUCAUGAUCUUGUUCUGAAGCUGAAAAAUGAGUUGUCAAAUAAUGCCGUUAGAGCAAUUCGCAGUGACAAUGGUACGGAAUUCAAGAACUCUCGUAUGAAAGUUUUUUGUGCAGAACAUGGUCUUGAUCAUCAAUUUUCUUCUCCUUAUGUUCCUCCUCAGAAUGGUGUUGUUGAAAGGAAAAAUCGCACGCUUGUUGAAAUGGCUAGGACAAUGCUAGAUGAACAUAAAACCCCUAGACGUUUCUGGGCUGAGGCAAUCAACACCGCUUGCUAUGUUGCUAAUAGAAUUUUUCUGAGAGCUUUCCUGAAGAAAACAUCAUAUGAGUUGAGAUUUGGACGUCCUCCCAAAGUUUCCCACUUUCGAGUGUUUGGUUGCAAGUGCUUUAUUCUAAAAAAGGGAAACUUGGAUAAGUUUGAGUCUCGUUCUUCUGAUGGGUUAUUUCUGGGGUAUGCUUUGCAAGGGCGUGCUUACCGUGUGCUUAAUAUUGACACUAACCGCAUCGAGGAGACAUGUGAGGUCACCUUCGACGAGACAAUGCCUUGUUUUUCUUUUGCUUUUGAAUGUGCAGGUGAUGAUGAGAUCGGGCAGGAUAUUUUUGAGGAUGAGCAAGAGGAAGAUGGAUACAACAAUGACGACGACGAUGACACCCCGCCUGUGAUGCAGGGGGAGCCUGGCGCACAGCUCGAGCAGGCACCCUCCACCACUUUGGAGGAUGGACCAUUGCCUACACGUACAUCUACAGCAGCGCCUGCAGCUUCACCGACUUUUGAUCAGUUAGAAAAUUUUGAACGGAAUCAAGUUUGGGUUUUGGUUGAUCCUCCUCCUUCUUGUAAACCAAUUGGGACUAAAUGGGUUUUUAAGAACAAACAAGGAGAAGAUGGUCAUGUUGUCAGGAACAAAGCCAGAUUAGUGGCUCAGGGGUUUUGUCAAAAGGAGGGUAUUGAUUAUGGUGAAACUUUUGCUCCUGUUGCUCGUUUAGAAGCCAUUCGUAUCUUGCUUGCAAUGGCUGCUUCACAUGGUUACAAGCUUUAUCAAAUGGAUGUAAAAAGUGCUUUUCUGAAUGGUUUUAUAGAAGAAGAAGUUUAUGUCAAACAACCGCCUGGUUUUGAACACCCCAAUUUUCCUGAUCGUGUUUUUAAGUUGCAAAAGGCUUUAUAUGGUUUGAAGCAAGCACCUCGUGCUUGGCAAGGCAAUGACACUUUAAUAGUUCAGAUUUAUGUGGAUGAUAUCAUUUUCGGUGGUUCCUCUCAUGUUCUUGUGAAAAAGUUUGCAGAUGUGAUGAGCAAAGAAUUUGAGAUGUCUAUGAUGGGCGAGCUGAAAUUCUUCCUUGGCUUACAAAUUAAACAAACUUCGGAAGGAACAUUUGUACAUCAGGGAAAGUACACGAAGGAUGUCCUGCAGAAGUUUGCGAUGGAUGAUGCAAAGCCAAUUUCUACGCCCAUGCCGACUAGCGCGGCUUUGGAUGCUGAUGAGAACGGAGAGCCCGUGGAUCAGAAGGAUUAUCGAAGCAUGAUCGGGUCACUGCUGUACUUGACUGCAACAAGGCCGGAUAUACACUUUGCUGUGUGUAUGUGUGCUCGUUUUCAGGCGUCCCCCAGGAUUUCUCAUCGUCAGGCGGUGAAGCGCAUCAUGAGCACUAGUGCUAUAAGUGUUGCAAAGAAUCCUGUGCUUCAUUCUAAGACGAAACAUAUUGAGGUUCGUCAUCAUUUUCUGAGGGAUCAUGUUGAGAAGGGUGAUAUUGAGCUUAAAUACAUUGAUACUAGUCAGCAACUUGCUGAUAUUCUGACUAAACCACUCGAUCAAACCACGUUUGCACGUUUGCGUGUCGAGGUGGCCGACGAAGAGAAAGCAAGGUAUUUAAUGGAGCAGAUUAUUGCUGUUGGUAGUGGCUCCAACGUCCCUGUAACAUACACCAACGAAGAGGGUACCCAGGCAGACAUGUUCCUGGAUAUGUCCGGUGAUGGCAAUGAAGAGCUCGAGCCCGAGCAAAAUCUUGCCGUGCUAAAAGGUUCCGGUGAGGAUGCUAAUUCAGAGGUGCCGCAGAGAAUUGUACUUCAAUGUUGGCUUUAUGGAUCCAUCACUGAUUAA